UCAAGAGCGAGCGACUCAGCCCGCACGACUCCAACGCUUCCAGGUCUCGUAGCGUGACCCCAUCGACAUCAUCGUACCCGGGUACGCCGCCAGAGCGCGGUAGCCCGCACGCGCCCGCGCCGCCUGCGUCUGCGCAACCGCCGCGCAACUACUCAGACAUCAUGCGCUCACUCGCCGCGCGAUACAACACACAUAACAACAACGACUAUUUCCACCGCAUGAAUGGAUUCGGCGAGGUGCGCACAUCGGCGCCUGCGCAGGAUGCGAUAGACGCGCCCCUUGGCGGACUGUUUACGAAACUAGCCUGUAAACAGGGUGGACCACCACGACUACCGGCGUUCCCUGUCAUGCUGGAUAUGAGCUCCACCAAGACGUUGCUGGCGAUAUCACGGGUGGGUCGAGGUGGGAGGUCGCGGCGCAAGCGCAAUGGCGCGGGCGCACCCGAGCACUCGCCGCUCGACCUGUCCGCGGCGGGCGAGAGCGCCGCCAAGCGCGCGCGUCUCUCUGCCAGCCCCAGCACAAGGAGCGACAGUGAUGACAGAGACCGAGUCUCUAAUGAUGAACGUAGUGAUGCGCGUGGCGAGUGUCUAUGCGCAGAAGCCCGUGCCCGCCUCUCCGCCUGGUCAGUCGAUGAAGUUUGUGACUUCAUAAACUCAAUCGAUAUCUGUGCCGAAUACGCAACGAAUUUCCGUGAACAAAGAAUUGACGGAGCUGGUCUCCCUCUUCUCACAGAAGAUCACCUAACAGGGAUGCUGCAGAUGAAGUUGGGGCCGGCUCUCAAACUGCGAGCUGUGUUGGCUAGACGGCUCGAGCCCUGUGUGCAGUGUCAGGCCGCGGCCAACACCCUAGCUAUAGCGCCCAGGAUAAACGGUGCCGCGCUCAAGUCGGAGCCCCGAAGCAACACAACCAGCCCCAGUUAGGGUCACUUCGAAAGUACCUAGUAUUUUUAACGCGUAUCGUUCCUGCACAACCGCUUUUUGUUUACAUAGAAAAUAUAAGAGCCUGCUCUUAUUUAAUUCCAUCCGUUUCAGUAUGUUCCUAUGAACUAUUAUGUUUGUUCAUUUUCUGUGGAAAGAAAGAGCCGUAUUUAUGAUACAUUCACUAAGACAUUGACUUCUGGAAUUAUUUGUAAGGCCUAGACUUAAAUAUUUGGGCCUUAGUUUUCGUCUGACAGAUUUCAUUCAAUCAUUUUUAACAAUCAUAAUAAUACUAGUUUAAUUAUAGUCAUCUGCCUGCAUUCGUACAGUCUUCUUGUUCAUAGAUUUUGCAUUUAGUUAUUAUAAGACGCUUUAGUUUAUACUUUUAGUUAUAUAAGAUUUUUGUUUUGUAUAUAAUAAACGAGUUGCCGUCCAAAUGUUUUAAAUGUAAUACUUGCGUAAGAAAUAUUUUUGUAUGUUAAUUAAUUAUCGAAAUAUAUAAAAUAUGGGGUCGGUUAAUAUAAAAAUUUUGUCAACGCCCCAAAUUAAUGUUACGUACAAAAAUGUUUUGCUAAUAACGAAAUUACUUCGGUGCUAAGACCCUGUUUAACUUAAAUAUGUUGUGUAUAUAAUGGCCGUUUUGUAAAGAAAUAUUGCUUAAAGAAUCGAGGCUACGUGUCUACAGGGUCACAAAGAUAUAAACGGUUUGUAUAUAAAUACAGUAGUUGUAUAGAUGUUUAGUUAUAUAUACGUGGAUUUACGAUAGCAUUUAUUGUCACCACACCUGAAGAAAGCUCAGUAAUACCGAUCUACAAUUAAAUACAUUGUAGUUAAAUUGUUUAGUUAGCUGUAUAGAGGACUUAACUUCACAGUGAGCAUAAUAUUUCCUUUGUAAUUAUUGUUUUUCUGUAAUAUGGAGAGUUUUGUAAAUAAUGUAACGACUGCUCGUAGAUAUUAUAACGUAACUGGUACAAAAAGAUGAUGGAUUUUGUAAAUACAUCGAUAAAAUACUAGUGUUUUAUGUGUCAAAUUUUACCAAAAUUUUAUUGGGGUUUCAGUAAAUUUUGUAUUUUUCUGUUUUUACGAUUUGACCAGUUACGAUCACAGACGUCGUUUAAAAUAGAUCUAGAUAGUAUUUUCUACAGAUAUUGUAAAGAAAAAACGUGGUUUUCCUGUGGUAAUCUCCUUAAUUGCCAAAAUAGAAUGGUUAAAUAAACGAUAUAUACUUAUUUAGUAGAUAAAACGGGUUGCUGGGGAUGUCAACACGUCGUACUGUUGUUAGAAUGUGGAUCAAAUAAUACUACUUACCCUGUUACAGGAAAAAAUAUAAUGAAUAUACUUUUGUAACGAUAUUUUGACUUGAAAUA